AAGGAAACCUUAGACAAGGGGUAGACAUUUGUCUGUCAGUCAGAAACCCUGGGUACCAUAUCUGCCAUGCAGUGGGGAUCCCUGGCCAGAGGGAGCUGGAGGAGGAGGCUGUGUGCUUGGCCUAUCAAUGGGAUGCUGCUGGCUGCCCUAAAAUAUUUGUAAUUUUCCAGCAUCCACUUGCAGAAGGCGCAAUUUCCUCCAACUGCCUUUGGGACAUGCUCUGCUGGUUUUGACCUGAAGGGAGGGGUGAUGGGGUAGAAGCUAGAAAAGCCUGAGCCAAAGCACUCAGUUAGAGAGAAGGUGGCAGCCUGGACUAAAGCUCAGGGUAGGCAGGGAGGAAGUAGAUGUAAGAAUGUACCAAGGAGUGAUGUUAAUUCCACUUUGGGUGUGUGAUUAUUACAUGGGGUCUUAACCAUGUAAUAGGUCUUUAAUGCCCUGAGCCUCCAACGUGAGUGUAAUGGUAGCCAAAUGUCCUGGCAUUGGAGCAUUUCUCUAAUACAGAAGCUGCAGCCCUGAACUGAGCAACCAAAUUGCUCCUAUGGUGAUAUGGAAACCUCAGGGAACUGAAUCUGGUGAAUCUUGAAGAUCUGUGCCUGAGAAAAGCUCUACCUUUCCUUGUGUGAGCAGCUGUCUGGUGCUAUGUGGGUGUUUAACCAGUGAACUGCUUGGCAAUAAAGAAUCCCACGGAGCAGCUUGGACUUGCCUUGUUGCGUUGCUCAGUGAUACUGCUGACCUCAGUGCAGAAGCGAAAGCGAAAAUCCAUUAUGAAAUCUAUUUGCAUUAUAAAGAAGGAGGAGCCCGUCGUGUGCCUUUUUCUCUGGGAUCCAAGUGGCUUCUGCAUCUCCUGUGCAGGGCUCUGGAAGAGGAGCUGAAUGAUUGGGAGUUGGAAAGAACUGCUCAGGCACUCGGAGAAGGGAAUGGAAGAGGCAGGAAAGCUUCCUCAGGCAAAGCAGCUUUUGAGGAAGAUGACUAAGGGAGGAGCCUGGUGAGCCUGACCUGGGACCACAGAGGAUCUCAGAGAACAUCCAGCACCACUGGAGCUGAGCACCCAGGGCAACCAGAUGGACUCUCCCCACCUCAUGGGGUUGUGUUUCCUGCUCCUGGCUGUUGCAGCUCCCUGUCCAAAUAUUGCCAUGCCCAGUGGUCACCCUACUGAGAGGACACAUGACUCUACCUCUGGCAAAACAAAUGUGUCAGUCUACUACUGUAAAGAUUGUGAAAUCAGCGAAUGUGAAUCAGGCAGAUUUGAAAGAUUUGUAAAAAUGGCUAAAACAGAAAAUGAGGGAAAAAUUGACUUGGUGACCAGGGAAACACACAUUAUUAUGUGCUUUCAGCAAGGAAAUACUUUUUCUGAAGGAAUUUAUGGCAUCGUCUGGGGAAAAACCGAGGGAUUUGGAUACUCGUGUGGCAUCCUGAAUUCUACAGCUUUCUCAGCAAAUGGGAGAGGUAGCAUCAGUCCUGAGGAGAAUAAAAUUUGCUGUGAAGCAGAAACAAAUAUCUGGGAGUCCAAUCUUACACUGAAGUGUCACACUGAAAUGUCAGGUGCAGAAAAUAGAAAAGCAUCAGCUGGUAUCCUUGGUGAGGAAAUUCCAGGUAGAAGGAACAACAUCGUCAUCUCCCUCACAUUCCUGCUGUUCCUUGUGGCUUGUGCAGGAAUGGUCAGCAUGUAUUGCUAUCGGCAGCAUCGGAAUAGUCAAGUUCUGCACCUCUUAAUGACAAAGCUUUCAAAUUAAGAGAGCCUCACUCAUGCUUGAAAAGGAUCUACAAGUGAGAAGACCUCUGUGCCAGCAGCAUCUUCCUCUGUCCUGAUGCACACAACCAGCUGAAGCAACAGAGCCUGAUGUUCCAUGAGACCUCCUGGUCCCAUAUUCACAAAUGGUCUGGUUUUCACAAAUGCACCUUCACCACAUCCACAUGUUCACCGAGGACUGUGAUUUCCACAAUUGUCCAGCUCCAGGCCUUCAUGAACAGCACAAGCAGCACCCUGGAUCUCCCAUCCUCUGCUGGUGCUUGGCUGAGGACAGCAGCCAUCACAAGGUGUGUGGCUGACUCAGCAGCACAGCCUCACACCAGCUGAAUUAUCUCCAGCUGUGUGCUCUGCUUUCUGGAGAUGUCUACUGGGUUUGUCCUCAGCAAGUGCUUUGUGUUUUGCAAUAUGCAUAGAUAGGCAAAUAUUUUUAUUCACACAAUUAUGGAAUGGUUUGGGUUGGAAGGGACCUUAAAGAUCAUCUGAUGCAAUAAAAAAAGGACUAAUAAUACUAAGAUGCCUGACUCACCAAAUGCCAUAAAGAUCAUCAUAUGGAAUAAAAAAAGGACUAACAAUACUAAGAUGCCUGACUCACCAAAUGCCAUAAUUUUGUAGCCGCAACUUCUUUUGACUGAUUUUAAUCUUCAAUUUGUGUUACUAUACUAGUGACAGUAAAACAGCUCCUUAAGAUCUGUCUAUUCCUUGGUAGCCCUGUAUUGAUGGUAUUGUUAUUUGGUCUGUUAAUCUCCUUGACAAAGCAUCACCAUCCCAUCAUUCCCAAACUCACAAGCCGGUAUUAUUGUCAUGAUUCAUUUCUUAAAUAUGGCAAAAGCAAAGACAGGGAGUAAGAGAUGUCUCCUGGCAUCUGCUUUUAUAUCCAGCAGUGAGUCUUUGUGGGGCUAAUUGAAAGCUCAUUUCACAACCUGCCUGAACUCUCUUUCCUUUACAAUAAUUGGUGACAUUUCUGAGCUUUCAAGCAUUCAGGAAAUUCUUUGGGAACCCUCCCUUCCCUUCUGUAUUCCCACAGAGAGUGUUGCCCACAAGAAGAGCUUUUCAUCCUAAUGGGGAGGGAGCAGGAGCUACAUGUGAGCUGUAGCUGGUUCCCCUUUGCUGGUGGUUUUCAGCUCUUGUGCACUGCAGACACACAGAGAGGGUUGUUAAAUGUGAAGCCAGGGGCACGUGAGAGGUAUGUCCUGUGCUGUUGCUUGGGAAUUUAUUCCUGUUGUCAUUGCCAAGAUGCAGAUCCAAGCUGCUGGUUUGUGUGCAGGGCUGGUAUAAUAACUGAAGGUUUAGCUGAAGUAACAGAGCAUCUCUCAUCUCCUUGCUCCUUACAAAGCCAAGACUUUUGCUUUUGCAGCCACCAAUCUAAGCCUGUGGGAACAGUGACAGGUUGAACUGAUUGUAGGGAGCAGCCACAUUUCCAGUGAGGCCACAACUGAAGGACAACUGCCUGGCUUGGGUGCUGUGAAGGGCAAAUUUGAGUGAGUGUCUCUGUUCUCAGUUGUCUUCAAAGGGAAGGUGGGUGCUCACCAUAGACAACUUUCUACUCCUACCCUCAGGGCUGGGAGUUGCUCAGUAGCAGGAAACCAGGGGCGGUUUUAGUGUGAAGUCAACAUCAAGAUACACCUCUGUCACAUUCACUGGAAUAGAAAAGCAAAAGCAGCAUCCUGCUGGCUUCUUUUAGUAGAGAGCUGAUGUAGCUGAAAGACAACAGGCCAGCUUGGGGCAUCAACCCUUUCCUCAGGUCUUUAACUCAUCAGUCAGAUUGCAGAGAGCAACUAAAGAGACCUUUGAAAAUGCUGUGGAUGUCGUGUCUCCCAAGUGCAUCCCUCUGUCUGCUGCUCCUCCCGUGCUUCCCUGCCCAGACUGGUGGAGAAAAUGAACAGUCAACAGACGUUCUCAGUGUUUGGGAAGGAGACUCCAUCAGCAUAACUUGCUCAAUCAGUGGUUUAGGAGAGCACCUGGGAAUGCACUUGAAAAGUAGCAGAAAGACAGUCAAUAUGAUAUAUUUUCCCAAGGACAAUCCUCCAAAUAUCUCUCCUGAUUUGGCUGGUCGCACCGAGUGUUCAAGGGAAGGAAGGAAUUACAGGACAACUUUGCACAAUGUUCAGGAAUCUGACUCCAAUAUCUACCUAUGCAUUGAGUAUGUUACAGUCAAUGACCAUCACAAAAUACUGGAUGGGAGGAGAACCAUAGUAGUGGUGAAAGCUAAAACUGGCGGGGCUUUGAAGCAGUCACCGCUCUAUGCCAGCCCUCAGCAAGGCCAGUCUGUCAGCAUCACCUGUGUGAUGAACAGCUCACGUGGGGACGAAGGGAUCUACUUGCUCAGGACUCAUGUGCAGCCUGAAAGUGUUCUGUAUGUGUCAAAUCAGAGUGCUACAAGGAUUCCACCUGCCUUUGCUGAGCGCUUGGAGUAUUCCAGGGAAGGGAAGCAAAUAGUGAUAACUCUACACGACCUACAGGAGAACGACAGUGAUAACUAUGUCUGUGCUGAGGAGGUGAGACAUGGGAAAAACACCCGUCUCCUCUCAGCAAGUGGCACCAUGGUGCUGGUUAAAGAAGGGGAGCAGGCACACUCCCAGAAGGCAUGCAGUGGUAGUUCCUGGGUCAUGUAUUCCCUCCUCAUCAUGGUGGCACUACUGUUUUGUGCACUGGUGUGCUGCACCUUGUACCGUGUCAAUAUAAAGAAAUACUUCCAAAAAAACCCCCCAAAUGUAGUUUAUGAAGAUAUGUCUUACAGUUCUAGACGGAACACACUGGUCAGAACCAACACCUACUCCAGGGGCAGUGAAGAUUAAGCUGAGACCAUCAACAUCAACUUUACAGGUCUCUCUGAGAACUGCUUCAACAAUCUGAUGCAGUAGUUGAACUGAAAGUGCUAUCACCCACCUUUUUUCAGUGGAAAGAAAAAACUAAUUUCCAAAGCUUUUUUCUGCUUUUUACUUUUCUCUUCUUUUUUUUUUUUUUUUUUUUUUUGGUAAUGUAUAGAAAAUAUAGCAAAAUGCAGGCACCCUGUACCCGUGUCUGCAGUUCAGUAUGAAAAGCAGGAUUUUUGGACUGUUCAUUUGGCUGGAUGCAUCAUAUGGGCUCGUUUCUUUGAUAAAUAACCCUUUCAGGGAAGGUGGGAUGGAUGGAGAGGUCUGGUUCUGAGCUUUGGUAAGUGCUCAGAAGACUCUGUUCAAUGAGUUGUACUGGAUCCACUCAUGCAAGGACUACAGUUCUCUCAUGAAUCCUCGUGGGUCUGCCCAGGAGCUCAGGGAGCUUAAAACUACUCAAAAGUUACAGCAGGGAAAUGUGUUCUGAGCUGAGGAGACUUCAGAAAUGUGGCAGGGUGCAUCACAGGUGAAGUGCUGGAUAUGUGUGGGCUUACCAAGGUCAUAACAGUCCCAUGAAAAGGCAAUCAAGUCUAGAUUUUAACUUACUGCCUUUGCCAGAGAUACCAGCAUGACUGGUGUGGGUCUUGACAUGGUUGACAAGCAAAGUGACCAGACUUGGGGCAUGGUGGCUUCUUGGGACAGCAGAAAUGUUUGUGAUGUACUGGUGAUGUCUCCAACUCCACAUGUCUUAGGGCCACCCAGCAGAAUACAUUUCUCCAGGUCAGUGACUCCACACCUUCCAACACAAGGCAAAAUAAUCUGGGAUACAGCCAAUGCCUGCAUUCCAAUGUGGGCGUGGGGGGGUCUGAUCUGAAAAUCCUUCUUAUCAAAGAAGGGAUUUAUCAAAACUCACAUCAAUCAGGUGGAAGCUAGAUUUGGUUAGAACAAAUCUCAAGAUUUGGUUUAGUAACAGCUUAGGGAGCUCAGCUGAGGGUGUUUGGUUUUGCAGAGCUGGGGCUGCUGGGGAAAGUCAACAAUGCCCAGAGGAAUGUGGAAUUGCUCUGUUACAGGUCAGGAUUGAUGGGGUUGGUUUGUGGUUUCUCAGGACAUGCUGAGGCUGGAGUUUUUCUCCAUUGAUGUGUUUGUUUAUUUUUUUGAGGGAUUAGCAUCAGUUUGCCGAUGAUGAGUGAGUAGGAGCCAGGCACAGGGAUCCUUCCUAUGCAGAGCUGAGCUCUGCCGAGAUCCCAGCUUGCCAAUCCAGUCCUGCCCCUCAGGAGAGCCCAUUUCCCUCCAGAUAUUACUCAUGAAAUGCUGUGCACCAGACCUGAGGGGGAAAUCUGCUCACUGGGGUGUCUGGGGUGGGAAUGGGUUCACCUUUGAACAAAGAGGUGCCAUCUUCACAUGGCCAUACCUGAAUAAAAUUGGUUUUGUGAUGUACAGUUGCUUGAUAUUUUUAUACCUAUAUUAAAAACUAUGUCAUGUAUCUUGCAAAUAAAUGCUGGUUAUUGAA